AUGAAUGUCGAUGAACUUUUAAGUUAUCAACCAGAAAAACCUGCAGUUUCAUCAGCGAAUGCAUCAGCAAAUAAACGAACAAAUGAUGCAUCAAUUGCAUAUACUGCUGGAUUACCUAAACGAGCUAAACGUCCAAUAUUAGAUGAUGUUCCUGUACAAUCAAAUAGUUCAUCAAUUAGUAAUGCAAAUCUUGCAUCAUUAAGUCGUGAUGAACGUGAUAGACUUUUACAAAUGCUUGAACAAGAAUCAUCAACUGAUGAACUUGAUGAAACGUCCUUGAAACGAAUGCUUUCACAACUUGAAAAACGUAUUUCAAAAAAUCAAGAAAUGCGUAUUAAAUAUCCUGAUCAUCCUGAAAAAUUUAUGGAUUCAGAAAUUGAAUUAAAUGAUGCUGUACAAGAAUUACAUGCAAUUGCAACACAAUCGGAUCUUUAUCAUGUACUUGUUAAUAUGAAUGGAAUAUCAUUAUUAAUGAGUUUAUUAACACAUGAAAAUACUGAUAUUAGUAUUGCUGUUAUUAGUCUUAUACAAGAAUUAACUGAUGUUGAUACAUUAACUGAAAGUGAACAACAAGCAACAUUUUUAAUCGAUGCACUCGCUGAACAACAAAUUGUCUCAUUAUUAGUUCAAAAUAUGGAUAGACUUGAUGAAAAUGUUAAAGAAGAAGCAGAUGGUAUUCAUAAUUCACUUGCUAUUGUAGAAAAUAUGACAGAAUUUCGACCAUCUCUAUGUGUUGAUGCAUGUAAACAAGGUUUAUUAGCAUGUUUACUUAAACGUUUAAAAAUUAAAUCUCCAUUUAAUUCAAUUCGUCUAUACUGUUCAGAAUUAAUGUCAAUUCUAUUACAAAAUCAUGAUGAAAAUAGACAAAUGCUUGGUGAAUUAGAAGGAAUUGAUAUACUUUUACAACAACUUGCUUAUUACAAACGGCAUGAUCCUCAAACAAGUGAAGAAUUUGAAUAUAUGGAAAAUUUAUUCAGUUGUUUAUGUUCAUCAAUUAUGUUUCCUUCGAAUCGACAACGAUUUCUAAAAGGUGAAGGUCCUCAUCUUAUGAAUAUUAUGUUAAAAGAAAGAAAAGCGUCACGUAAUGGUGCAUUAAAAACUUUAGAUUUUGCUAUGACUGGUAUUGAAGGAAAAGAUAAUUGUCAAAAAAUUGUUGAUAUACUUGGUUUACGCACAUUAUUUCCAUUAUUUAUGAAACCACCGAAAGGAAAUAAACGUUCGGGAGAAACUAGAGCGGAAAAUGAAGAACGUGUUAUAUCAUGUAUUGCUUCAUUGAUAAGAAAUUGUACUGGUUCAAAUCGUCAACGUGUAUUAAAUAAAUUUACUGAAAAUGAUCAUGAAAAAGUUGAUCGUUUAAUGGAACUUCAUUUUGAUUAUUUUCAACGUGUACAAGCAGCUAAUAAUAAUAUUGAACGUGAUGAAGACGAAGAAGAAGAUGAAGAUGAAAAAUAUUUUGGACGAUUAGAUGCUGGAUUAUUUACUUUACAAUUGAUUGAUUAUAUUCUUAUUGAAAUUGCAUCAUCAACUACAAGUAUUCCAUCAAUACGACAACGUGUUUUACAAAUUCUUAAUUUAAGAAAUAGUUCACCUGAUAUGAUCAAAACAAUCGUACGCGAAUAUGCAAAUAAUUUGGGAAAUACAAAGAAACCAAAUGGCAUUGAUCAUACGUCAACAGAUGGAACAAGUAAUGGACAUAGUGACGAUUCACAUAAACAAUAUUUGUUAGAUUUAAUUGAAAAAUUCUAA